CGUAAGUGGAUCAUGUGACCGAAGCAGACCAUGUGACGCAGCAGAUGUGCUUCGUCGGCUGUCUUUCUCCACUGACUAAAGAAAGCUGAUACAAUGAGGCUGGUCAUUCUGGACGACUAUGAUCUGUCCAGUGAGUGGGCAGCCAAAUACAUCCGCAACAAGAUCAUCCAGUUCCAGCCGUCUGCCGACAGAUGCUUCACUCUGGGGCUGCCUACAGGGAGCACUCCUUACGGCUGCUACCAGAAGUUAAUUGAAUACUACAGAAAUGGAGAUAUUUCUUUCAAAUAUGUGAAAACCUUCAACAUGGAUGAAUAUGUAGGUCUCCCACGAGCUCAUCCAGAGAGUUACCACUCCUACAUGUGGAACACCUUCUUCAAGCACAUAGACAUCGAUCCAGCCAACGCUCACAUCCUGGAUGGAAAUGUAGACGACCUGGAAGCCGAGUGUCAGGCCUUCGAGCAGCAGAUCACGAAGGCCGGAGGCAUCGAGUUGUUUGUUGGAGGUAUUGGCCCUGAUGGUCACAUUGCGUUCAAUGAGCCAGGCUCCAGCCUCGUUUCCAGGACCAGAGUGAAAACCCUAGCUAAGGACACCAUUGUGGCCAAUGCUCGGUUCUUUGGUAACGACCUGUCCAAGGUUCCCACCAUGGCUCUCACUGUGGGUGUAGGAACUGUCAUGGCAGCCAAAGAGGUGAUGAUUCUGAUCACAGGAGCACACAAAGCCUUUGCUCUGUAUAAAGCCAUAGAGGAGGGAGUCAACCACAUGUGGACAGUAUCAGCCUUCCAGCAGCAUCCACGCACCAUCUUUGUCUGUGACGAGGACGCCACGCUGGAGCUGCGAGUCAAGACCGUGAAGUACUUCAAAGGGUUAAUGCAUGUUCAUAACAAGCUGGUGGACCCGGUGCUCAGUAUAAAGGACCAAAAAGACGGUUGAAGGUUCCUGGAUCCAACACGAAUGGACAACAUUAUUACUGUGGUACUGUUCUAUACAGAGGAACUGCUGACUCCCAGUCAGCUUUGUACUUUGUCAAUUUAUGGACUUUAAGGAACUUCGGAUAAUCUUAGCCCCAGACAGUUCCGAUCCUCAGUGAGUGGGAAAAUGAUCAGGUUCCUUUUACAUAAAUGGCGCUUCUCCCUCUAAAGUUCUUUGUUCUGCAGUUUGUGUUUAAAGGGAAGUUCUAAAGUUUUGUUCACUUGGUUUUGUAUGGAAAUGAACCCAGUCUGUGAAUGAAACUGCAGUUUGAAAUAAUGUAUGAUGAAUUCAACGAUGUUCAAGGGCCCAUGAAAUGUUUUAAUCCCUUUGUUAACUGUUCAUUUAUCUCUUGUUAUAAAAACAAUAUCAAACAAA